GGCGGCUUUGCAGUGGGGCGCGGCAAGUAGCACGCUGCGCUACUGCGGGCCGCGGGAGUCGACGCCGCCACCUCCGGACCUCGGCUCGACCCGCUCCCUGCCGACGGAGUCCGUGAGCGGCCCCUUGGAGUCCGCUCUUGGGGCGGCUGCGACCACCGCUGGGUCGCGCCGCGGGCGCCCCCGCUCGGCCAAGGCGAAGCCUCCGGCCAUGAAGCGCCCGCGGGCCGCCGCCCGCGCCGGCGAGCGGCGCGCCGCGGCGACGGCGGCCCCUGCCGAGGCCGUGGCCCUCCGCCAGCGCCACCUGAAGACCAAGAGCGUCUCGGCCAAAACCGCCGUCGUCUACGAGAGCUGGCACCGCCGAGCCGUGCGCUUUCACGGCCGCGCGCUGCCCACCGACCUCGGGAAGCUCGACAAGACCUUGGAGGCGUUCGUGACGGAGCUCUACUUCGACGGCGAGGCGGUCAGCGCGGGUCGCGUGAUGCUGGCCGCGGUCGCCUUCAGCCUCAACCUCAACUUCGCCGGCAAAGGUGUCUUGCCUCGUGCCGAGCGCGCCCUCCAGGGGUGGCGCAAAGAGGAGCCCGAGGUUGCUCGCGAUCCCUGCCCGUGGAUCGCCCUCUCCCUCACCGUGGAGCAGCUGGUGAAGCUGGGCGACGACGGGCUGGCCGCAGCUCGAGCAGUGGUCUUGAUGCAGGACGGGUACUUCCGACCCUCGGAGGUGCUCAGCAUCCGGCGGGCCGACGUCGCCGACGUGUCGGGCCAGCCCGCGCCGCCGGCAAAGACGGGCAUGCGCGACGACACCGUGCUGAUCCACGACGAGGUCUCAGCGGCAGCUGGUCGGACAUAUCUCCGCAAGCUGAUGGGGGCGCUGCUGGCCGCCGCGGGCGCGACGGGCUCCGCGAAGCUCUUCCCGACCCUGGCGCGCCCGAAGUUCGAGCGCCUCUCCGGGAAGGCCGCCGCCGGCGCCGGCCUGACGGAGCUGCACCUCACCCCGCACCUGCUGCGCCGCGGCGGCCCGAGCGAGGGCGCGCUCGGCCGCCACCGCGCGCUCGCGGAGGUCCAGGAGCGCGGCCGCUGGGAGGCGAAAUCCAAUGACAAGACCUACGCCAAGGGCGGCCGCGUCCUUCGCCAGACCCGCAACAUGACUGACCAGCAGCGGCGCAACGGCGCCUCUCUUUUGCGCCGCUUGCCGCUGCUGCUUCAGCUUCGCUGA